GCAGUGCGCACGUGACGCGGGUCAGCUGAGCGGCGCCGCGCUCGGGCCGCGCUGGGCCAUGGCCUCCAUCCUGGACGAGUAUGAGGACUCCCUGCACCGCUCCGUGUCCGUGCAGCAGAGCCGCGCCAGCGUGGGCAUCCCGCACUCSGGAUAUGUCAGUGCACGACUGGAGAAGGAAACACCAAUAUUUAACAAGCAGAGGAUUGAUUUUGCUCCUCCAGAGAAAAUUAACARCUUAGUGGUUUCCUCCAACCAGCUCUGUAUGAGCCUUGGGAAAGACACCCUUCUCAGGAUUGAUCUUGGGAAGCCAGAUGAACCUAAUCAGGUAGAACUGGGACGCAAAGAUGAAGCCAAAGUUUACAAGAUGUUUUUGGACCACACAGGCUCUCAUCUCCUGAUUGCUCUGAACACCAGCGAAUGCCUUUACCUGAACAGAAGUGUUCAGAAAGUGCGGGCUCUCUCCCGCUGGAAAGGACACUUGAUUGAAAGUGUGGGCUGGAACAAAUUUCUUGGUUCAGAGACCAACACAGGGCCUAUCCUGGUGGGGACAUCCCAGGGGCAGAUCUAUGAGGCUGAAAUCUCUGUCAGUGAGGGAAGCCUCUUCAGCACUAACCCUGACCAGUACUUUCGACAGGUCUACACUCUGGAGGAGGAAUCUGGACCUGCACCGGUCUGCUGCUUGGAAAUUGAGCGAGUAAUAGAAGGGAAAUUUUUUAUUAUAGCCACCACUAGAAAGAGACUCUUUCAGUUUGUUGGCAAGGUGCCUGAAGGGACAGAGCAGCAAGGCUUCAGCUCCAUAUUUGCUGUGCAUGCUGAUCAUCUGCCCAGCUUUCGGGAGUUUCCAGCCAACUUGGGUUUCAGUGAGAUAGCAUUUUACACUCCAAAAUUGCGUUCCAACCCACGCUCCUUUGCCUGGAUGAUGGGAAAUGGGGUUUUAUAUGGUACAUUGGAUUAUAGUCGUCCUGAUUCAAUUCUGAGUGAUGAACGRGUCUGGGUUUAUCCUUCUGAUAUUGACAUAACUGUGAACAAGCCAAUAUCCAUUGUACUUACCCAGUUCCACUUCCUGUUGCUGCUGCCUGACCGAGUGAAGGCUGUUUGCACUCUGAAUGGACAGGUUGUUUUUCAAGAUCUGUUCCUGGAGAAGUUUGGCUCGCUGACACGCAUGAUUAAAGAUCCCACAGUCCAGCAGAUAUGGAUCCACACUGAGAAAGUAGUGUUCCGCUACCAUGUCCAGCGGGAAUCUAGAGAUGUGUGGAAGAUGUAUAUGAAUAUGAACAAAUUCGAUUUAGCAAAAGAGUAUUGUAAGGACCGUCCAGAGUGUCUUGACAUCGUGCUGGCAAAGGAAGCAGAGCACUGCUUCCAAAAUAAGAGGUAUCUCGACAGUGCCAAAUGUUACGCACUGACCCAGAACUACUUCGAGGAAAUUGCUCUGAAGUUCAUUGAAGCCAAGCAAGAAGAGGCCCUGAUGGAGUUUCUGAUUAAGAAGCUAAGUAACCUAAAGCCUUCAGAGAAGACACAGACCACUUUGCUGACCACGUGGUUGACAGAGCUGUACCUGAACUGGCUGGGUGUAUUGCAAGGAGAUCCCUCACAGCGAAAUCUCUAUUUGGAUACACGGGAGAAGUUUCGCACUUUCCUGAGCAGUCCUAAAAACAAAGACUGUCUUUUUAAUAAUAGAGCAUCUAUUUAUGAGCUGUUGGCAAGCCAUGGUGACACAGAGCACAUGGUCUACUUUGCAGUCAUCAUGCAGGAUUAUGAACGUGUAGUAGCUCACCACUGCCAGCACGACGAGUAUGAUGAGGCUCUAAAUGUGCUCUCCAGGCACAAAGACGAGAAACUCUUCUACAAGUUCUCUCCAGUUCUCAUCCAGCAUAUUCCCAAGAAGGUAGUUGAUGCUUGGAUUUCUAUGGGCUCUAGACUGGAUGCCAGGAACCUCAUUCCAGCCCUUGUUAACUACAGCCAGAGUGCCAGCACCCAGCAGAUCAAUGAAGCCAUUAGAUAUAUGGAGUUCUGUGUCUACCAGCUGGAGGAAACCCAGCAAGCCAUUCAUAACUACCUGCUGUCUCUUUAUGCUUUGUGUCGGCCAGACUCACUGCUGUCAUAYUUGGAGCAAGCAGGAACCAACCCAAACAGGAUCCACUACGACCUGAAGUAUGCAUUGCGCCUGUGUGCAGAGCACGGGCACCACCGUGCAUGUGUCCAUAUUUACAAAGUGAUGGAAUUGUAUGAGGAGGCUGUGGAUCUCGCCUUGCAGGUGGAUGUUGAUCUUGCCAAGUCCUGUGCAGAUCUUCCUGAAGAUGAUGAGGAACUCCGGAAGAAGCUGUGGUUAAAGAUUGCUCGCCAUGUUGUUCAGGAAGAGAAGGAUGUCAAGAAGGCAAUGGCCUGCCUCUCCAGCUGUGCCCUGCUGAAGAUUGAAGAUGUGCUGCCAUUCUUUCCAGACUUUGUCACUAUUGACCAUUUCAAGGAGGCAAUCUGUAACUCCCUGGAGGACUACAACAAGCACAUUGAGGAGCUGAAAAGGGAGAUGGAGGAAGCUACGCAGAGUGCCAAGAGGAUCCGAGAGGACAUCCAGGAAAUGAGAAAUAAGUAUGGCUCUGUGGAGCCUCAGGAAAAAUGUGCUGCUUGUGACUUUCCACUUCUAAACCGCCCUUUUUACCUUUUCUUGUGUGGUCACAUGUUUCACUAUGACUGCCUCCUCCAAGCAGUUUUCCCAAACCUUCCUGCCUAUAAGCAGGCAAAACUUGAAGAUCUUCAGAAGAAGCUGGCAGUUACCAGUCAGCCAUCCAAGAGCCACCAUCGUCCCAAGGAUGCAGAUACCAUUAGCUUGGGGAAGGGGCAGCCGAGCCGGGAACAGAUCAAAGCUGACAUUGAUGAUAUUGUGGCAGCUGAAUGUGUGUACUGUGGUGAGCUCAUGAUCCGGUCCAUUGACAAGCCUUUUAUUGAUCCCCAAAAGUAUGAAGAGGAGAUGCAAAGCUGGCUGUAGUUUUCCAAACCUUCAACUGUCAAACAAAAUGUGAAGCUUCUGUGGUGGGAAUAUAACCUCAUGGGGCCGGAACACAGUGACUUCUGUGCAAAGGGGAGUGUGGUCUUUUUGCCAGGGUUAGGGAGAGCUAGUCUAGAGAAAUGGGGAGAUAGAACUAUGGGGAGYGUACUUAGCAGAUGUUUGCUGCUUGCAGUUCUUCUGAGGUUCUCAGUGUAAAGCUAAAUGGAGUGCCUUGUUGUCCAGAAAGAAUUGGGAGCAGCCUGUGAUUUAUCUGCCCURUUGUGUGGUAUUUGUUUUGAUGAAGACAAGCUGAAAAAGAAAGGUAGUGAAGGACACUAAGCAGUGUAGUCUUCAUUGCUUUCAAAGCUAGAAUUGCCCUCUGCUUCCUUUUCUUCAGGAGUUGAUGGUUAUAUGUGRUUACAUACAUAGAACCUGAAAUGACAAAAGCUCUUCUGUAUGUAUUUUGUAAACAUCAUGCUACACAAAUACAUGUUUCUACACAGUGUAAUACAGGAAUAUGUAUAAUUUUCAAGCAGGAGUGUCUCAWAAUACACUAAAGUAAUUUGCCUGCAAUUCAAGAUGUGUAAUUCUCUUUGUCACAAGCUUUAUGRACAAGACCACACACAUUCGAAUUUUCUCUAGGUACUGGAAAUGCCUGUUCACUCUUACCUUUCUCUCUCCAUCCUGUUUMUACUAUGACGGCCUUUGUAUGGAAGGUCUUGGUUUUGUCUUCACCCCAAACCAGAACUGAUACAUGCAAUAGUAAGGUUUCAACUGAUACUCUGCAAGCAGGAACACAGUCUGUUGGUAUUGCCUUGCUGUGGUUCUCUUCAAGCUGCWCUUGAGCAGUAAGAGGUUUGCUUAAGGGUAGUCUACAGAAAAGUUCUGUUGAUGUGAAAUUUGUUUUKCCCUUUGAAGCCAGUACCUUGUGCCUAAACAGUUUUUUGCCUUCCACGUUUUGGAAAAGGCUGCACAUCAAUGCUUCUAUCUAUUGCUCCAGCUUGGAAUAUUUUUUUCCCAGAAGGUAGUAGCAAUGACUACAUUCUCAGUGAGAGAAGAAAAAAAAAUUAUUAGCAGUUUAGCAAGGGUUCCUUGUUUUAUUUUGAAGAAAAUAAAAUUUUGAUGAAGUUUUUCUGUUUGGGACUGAAUCACAAAGGUAGUGAUUGAAUUGAACGUUCUAAAAGAAAAUAYACAAUUCUUGUAAUUAAGGCAAUAGAAAUUACUGUCUUCUGAAAAACCCCAGUACUUUCACAUGACUAUAUGUGCUUGUCUUGAGUACCUCUCAGUCUCUUAACAACUUACCCUGUUUGUAGGGUUAUAGAAAUGGGUCUUUGUAUCAUUGUAGGUGAAUAUGAAUUGGUUUCCUCAAGGAUCUGAGGAACCUUGAGUUCAGAACUUCAAAAGAACAUCUUUUGUUGGGAGCAUCAGCCUGGAAYGAAUGAAUUUGAUCUGUGUAACAUGACAUGAGUAAUAAAAAACAGAUAAGUAAGCAGGAAGACCUGAGGUUCCAAAAUCCUGUUUUCUUUGGUGGAGCCAUGGGAUAGGCAGUCUUGUUACCACAUGGUGAUGGGUGUUUGCUGUCUUAUCAGAAAGCACUGGUUCAGUGGUUCCAUUAAGCGGUGGUUCAGAAAAGCCACAUGCUGUAGUUUUCUUUGGCUCUGGAUAGCCUUUURCUUUGAGUAAGUCAGUGGGUCUGGCAGAAGAAUUUGUGAUGAAAACGAAAUGUGAUGUCUUUUGAAGUUUACCAUUAAACCUAUUAUAACUGGCCCCUCRUGUGAAUCAUAAUCUUUUCCUGUAAGCAGUGUGAUAUUUAAGGUUAUAUAUGUCAUUAUAAAACAACAUUAACCUCCCACCCAAAGCAGUUUCUGGUCAAAGGUAAGUAGCUGUCUGCCCUUUAGCAGAACACAGAUGUCAGUUCAUUGUGACACAGGGGUAAUUUCAAAUUAUUUUGAUCUUAAUCCUUGYUCCGUCUCUUUUGGGCUUUUACAGAAUGCUUUCCUGGUAUAUUAGAAUUACUAUAGUUCUCCAUUCUUUUCCUGUUUGUGCUACAGAAGUCACAUCACUAAAUAGACCAUUGCAGACUGAUCUCGUUGAUAACACUGGAAGAAGCUGUGGGAAGUGAGGCAUAGCAAAUAAAUAAAAACCCUCUAGUCUUUGCCUGACAUGAGGUGGUAGGGAAAGGCACUUCUGAUUACAGUCUUUGGUAUUAAURGGUCUCAGUUAACAAAACUAGAACUAGGUAUAUUUUUAAUGACUGCUAUGCAAUAUUUUCUGAGGGCAGUCGGCAUGUGCACCAGAUGGACGUACCAAAAAUCUCAUGCUUCCACACCUUUGUUAACUGAAAAAUCAUUGAAGUGAUUUGCUGUCAAGGUUAUAGAGAGUGUUACUGCAAGGACUGCAGCAGUGAUUAAAUGACUAGUGCCAGUAAUACAGUAAUAUCUUCUGAACAUAAGGCAUCUUCUGAACUUUCUUUACAUURUCACAUGCUUCAAAUGUUUUAGUAAUCACUUAACUGUGCUUCUUGGCAAUUUUGCAACAUCACUCAGUAGAUAAGGUAAGAGGGUUUAUUUUUU